AUGGUGCUCAUCAAGCCCAUUAAACCUGCCAGUCAAUUGAAAUUGGAAGCUGCAGCGGUGCACAAACCCACCCUCCUCAGUUUGGUGCAGCGGAAGCAGAGCAUGCAUCAGGGCGAUCCGGAUGUAUCUCCACUAGACGCGAUUCGAAUGCGACUUAUGGAACAGCGGAAACAGUCAGCAGACUUAAGCGAAACUCGCACUCCAACUGAUAAGCCUACGUCCGCCACAUCAUCAGCCGAAGGUGAGAGAGAGGAGGUGUUUAAAUACAAAGAUGAAACAAAGGAUAACUUAUUCGAAAAUGGUGAAGAGGAGGAAUCUCAUACACGGGAGGAGAGAGACCUCAUUGAGAUGUAA